AUGAGGCCGCCGGAGGCUCACGAAGUAGAGCGAGUUAGCGAGUACAGAGAGCGCGGGCAGAACGGCGUCAGUAAUGAGGGACCCCGCACAAUGCUCCCCAGUCACUGGGGCCGAGCCGUGUGCCAGGCGUUACCCAAUUUGGCUGGCUUUAUCAAGUCGCCGCUGUCUCAAAAGAAGCUGGUGGAAGACAGUGUGGAGCUGCACUGCGAGGCCGUCGGCAGCCCCAUCCCCGAGAUCCAGUGGUGGUACGAGGGGGCCCAGCCCAACGAGACAGCCACCCAGCUGUGGGACGGGGCCUGGCAGGACCGGGUCAGGAUCAACGCCACCUACAAGCACCACUCCACCAGCGCCAUCUACGUCGCCAACCUCACGCUCAACGACUCCGGCACGUACGAAUGCCGGGCCAGCAACGACCCCGACCGCAACCACUUGUCGAAGAGCCCCAAAGUCAAGUGGAUCCGUUCCCAGGCGAACGUGAUUGUCAUUGAACCAGGUCCCGUCAUCUCGUCCACUCCAGACGUAACGGACGGCUCGAACGUGGUCCUUUCCUGCAACAUCAGCGACCCGCCCACGCCCAUCAAAGGCCACUACUGGAUGAAGGGGGAGACGAAGCUGGAUUCGAACGAGACGGCUUCGGAGUUCACUUCGUACACGAUCCCGAAAGUGGAUCAUGAAACCUCGGGGGUGUACGAGUGCGUCUUUGAAACCGUUCCCCUCUCGCGAGGGGCCGUGAACGUGAAAGUUAAGCCCCACGUGGUCGCCUACAAGAAGUCGGAGCACGCGAACGAGGGGGAUACUGGUGUGCUCACUUGCAAGGCCCAUUCCUACCCUCCUGUCACCCAGUGGUCUUGGUUCAAGAUAGUCGACAAUGUGCCCCAGCCCGUCGUCAACGGCUCCGAGGACCGUUUCUUCAUCAAGUCGGAAGGCAACCGGACCGACCUUCGCGUCACCUCCCUGGACCUGCAGAAGGACCCGGGCGACUACAUGUGCAACGGCACCAACGAGGUGGGCGAAGGCAGCGACGUGGUGGGCCUGCGGGUGCGCAGCCGCCUGGCGGCGCUCUGGCCCUUCCUGGGGAUCGUGGCCGAAGUGCUGGUCCUCGUCACCAUCAUCUUCAUCUACGAGAAGAGGAGAAAGCCCAACGAGGUCCCUGACGACGACGAUGGAGGAUCCGCACCGCUGAAAAGCAACGCUGCGAAUCAUAAGGACAAGAACGUGCGUCAGAGGAAUGCAAAUUAAGCAGACGCCGAGGUGACACGCCAGCUAAGCAGGCGGCUUAGCUCUCUCUCUCUCUCGUCUGUCUGUCUGUCUCGUGCCGCAGCGCCAAGAGUAUUCUAGUGCUUCCUCGCAAAGAUCGGUUAAACGUAAAGAGUCCGUAGAGUAAAAUUUCUGUUCUUCGUUUUUUAAAAAUGAAAACUAAAAAGCAGGAGGCGGCCAUUUUUGUUUUAUUUUUUACCUUUCAGUUCUAACGCGCACCUUUUUGUUUUUUUGGUCGUAGGCCUCGCUGUUGAGCCGUGGGGCGGGGGCGGGAAUCGCUGCUGCAGAAGAAAGUAGAAGGGUGGGCUGAGAUCUGUCUCGUUGCCCCUCGAGUCCGCGGCUCCCCACACGGGAAGCUAAUAAACCAGUCCACGCUUAGCCUGUUCCGCUUUUCAAACGUCCCUCAAUUUUGGGCCGCCUCCAUCUCAGCAGCCAGCCGCUAGCCUGGCCAGUAUAUAAGACAUGGAGGUAAAGUUGUCUCUUUUCCUGAUUUGCUCCAGACCUUGCGGGGGAGAGGGCAGAAUUCCAAGCAGCGUGGAUAUGGAUGUGUUCAAGUUUCCCCUCUCUGCUGAAACCCGCUUUCUAUCUGGCUUCUAGAGCUAUAGGGAGUCUUAAGCGAGCCGGGUUCGCCCCGCAGACCCACCAGCUUCGCUCUCUUGUCCCAGAUUCUUGCCUUUCCAAUUAGUUGGAUUCCCUGACAGCGUUCUUCUUUUCCCUUUGUGGCUUUCUCCCCUGUGACUCUGGAGAGAGACCCCCCUCCCUCCCUCCCUCCCCGCAUAAACACUGUGCCAUAAUUGCUCAAAACGUGCAGCUUCUUCCACCAUCGCUUCUUCGGCUUCCAAGCUGAACACCGGAGCUGUGGCACAGGGCCGAAGCUGCCACCCGUCGGGUUCAAAUUCCAACUCUCCUGGGUUCUCCACUUAAUCUGUUGCUGUCAGCUUGGACCCCGGGCGACGAGGGCUAUUGCAACCGCAGGCAGGAGUCCAGAGGCGGCGGAAGCAGAGCAAACCCCGUGGCGGGUUCAUCCCCAUUCAAAACCUCUCGGGAGUCUGGGAAAGGAGCAAAGAUCCGGUCUGCCUGUCGGCCGCCCUUGUUUCGGUCACUGUGUAAAUGGUACGCCUGUUUUAAACACUUGACUUUUCUCCAAAUAAAGCAGACUCACGUUUU